UCCUGUUCUGGCUCGUUGAAGUGUGUGGAGGUGGCGAGCUACCUGGUAGGGAACAAGUGUGUCAACCUUUGCAUCACAGACCCAACUGUCACACCGCUGUUUCAAGACUUGCAGAACUUGAGCCACAUUCUUACUGAAGCAGAUAGCUAAUUUCACCUUGGCUUUGUUGUCUUUGCAUGGUUUACUGUUACCUUUGAAAAUUAUUUUUUACAUUUUACACAACACUUUUAAAGGGGACAGGUUUUACACAUCAAAGUCUGUUUACAAGUCUUAGGGAGUACUACUGCAUAUCUGAAGAUUUGAUCGAAAAUUCUUCAUCUCCGGAUUUGGCUUUGCACUAUAUUGCUUUCACUUGUUAGAUCUAAACUAAGUGUCAAACUGUAGCUAAAGACUCCAAACUAGUCAACGAUGUUACCAUUGUAAAAAAUAAACAGCGCUCUGUCGUGUCAAAGUAAAAGACACCUUAUAGAAAUCAUUUGAAUAUUAUUCAGACAAGACUAACAUAUGUUUUAUAAUAUGUAUUUUAACUUUAACUGAUUUCUUUUUUAGUCCUGGUGCUGAAAUUACAAAGAAAACCAAAACCAAUCAUAAGCUCUCAGUUUUUACUGUCCAACUGCUCUACACAAAAUAUUAAAUGACAAAAUGUGUGAUGAAAGUGCGCCCUGUGUGUUUACUACCUCACUGAUGAGAGCUGAUAACACAGUUUCUCCUGUGCAAGUGCACCACACAGUCUUUCAUCUUUUCAUUACAUUAAUUGAGCCCUCGGGCUGCACCAUGCAAUCCCACUUAGAUCUAUUGGUUAUGUCCAAUGAAUUGCAAAAUGUAAAAGUGGUUUGCAAGAGAAAUAGAAGGACACCAUGUGACUGGUUUGUGGCUUAAAACAUGCUUUGCAUGCAGAUUGUUUGUAUCAGAUAACAGUAACGGAGUUUAUCAUUAUUUCCUCCUGGUUAAACACAGAAAGCGUUGCGAAACAGUUGUUGAAAUGCUUUGGCUUGAAACAGUAUGUCUUAACAUCCUGCCAAAACAGCAAAGGAUGUUAACAAAGUUGGCACUUUGUUAAGAGAAGUGACUAACGCCGACUCAUGCAUAGUUCUACACUCACUGAAUACUGGAAGAAGAAAAAGGCUUUAAAGUGUCUCCGAUCAGAGCUGAACAGAUAUGAACCCGUCUCCACAGGUGGAAUUAAGGCCUCAACGUGCCGUGCAGAUUUCAACAAUCGUUGUGGUGAAUAUUAUUUGGUGGAUGGUUAUGAUUGCAGCCAUUGGUUUGGGGGCUACACAUCUGCACCGUUGUCCAAUACAGCCCUACAUCCCCAUCUACCUGAUAGUGCUGGGAGCAAGCAGCCUCCUCUCUUUGUCUCUGACCUACACCAAGAGCGCCUGGGGUGACGGCAUUGUCUUCAUCCUGAGCUCGUCCUGCGUGACCCUCCUGCACCUCUUCAGUUUCGGCUGGUUCAUUGCAGGUGGGAGAAAAUGCACUAGUUGGGUUUAUCCUGUAUAUCCUCCCAACUACACACCUGGAGCAGCUCCAUACUGCCAGAAGACAACCUACCAGUUUGCCUUCAGCGUCACCACCCUGGUGUGGGUCAUUAUGACUCUCAUGUUUGUCUGUGGUUUUUGCUUCGCUCUACUGACCUGCUGUUACACUGUAAUUGCAAGAGGCAGAUUGAUACCCAACCGCAAUACUUUCUAUGGCACGUUGAGUGAAGAACCCACUGCUGGUGAUGUGUGAUUCAAAUCAUUGUUCAUGUGUCCAAAUGUCUCAGGAACGUACCUUUGCAAAGGGUUUGACAGGAAUUAAACUUGACAGUAGUGAUUCUGUUGCUGUGGGUUAUUUUUAUUAUUUGUGGUAGUUUUUAUAGUUUCACAAUAGGUAUAAAAGUUGUAGGCAGCUACAAGUAAAAGUAUUUAAACAGCAGCUCUCAAAACUGUCAUAAGAUGUUUCUUUCUGCAGUCGUCCUGUAAAGGCUUGAAGAAAGGUGUCUUACUUUUUGAGCCUCAAGUAACAUUUUAGCAACAUUUUGACAUUUUCUGUUGCACAUGGUGCUGAGCUCUGUCCGGCUUCAUUCAAUAUUAAUUAUUCUCACAUCGCUUUCACACAAUAGCACUGUCACAUCACGUGCUUCCUGCUGACACCAAAAUCAAGAAGAUAGAAGACGUUAGAUAAUCUAGUGGCAGCUAAUAUUGAGAUGGAGAAUAAAUAGUCAUUGGUAUUGUGUUUUUAUAUUAUACUCUGCUCUGUGUGUGUGUGAUGUUUUUUUCUGCAGUGGAAUAAUUUUUCUUAAUUGCACCACUUAAGAUCUUAUUGUAACAAUAAUUUGUGCAGUAUUGCUUGACAUUAAAAGUUUGAUAUGCUGUUUGCAUGAUUUAAUUGUGUAAAAAAAAUCCUGGGUACUGCUACGCACCCAAUGAUCGUCUGGUUGUCUUGUCACCACCACCAGCAGUUACACGGUGUGAGAUGAACAUGAUUUGGCUAGAGGUGAGGGCUUGAAUAAAGAAAUGCUGGAUUUGA